GCCUUGGUAACAUUCAUUUUCACUUCCCAAAAUAAUUUAGUACGUUUUCAAAGCCAAUUCGAGUCGAGGAGUCAAGCUUCUUAACCUGCAAAGUUGAAAAUUACGAGUGUACUUAAAUCCUAUGAAAAUUGCUGAUUGAGAAAAAGAGAACAAAGAAUGAGAGACUUAUCGUGUGGUCGGCAGUGUGCUAGCGCACGCAUGUGACACACGUAAACAGUGUAAGUGCGUGCUGUACCUAUACGGUCGAGCGGCAGUUGCGCAUUUUCCUGGACGAACAGAGAGCGAGAGUGACGGCAAGCUGAGAUAGCAGCAACAUCCUCGUCUUCGUCGUCUUCGCCGCGCGGAGGGCUAUGGGCGACGCAGCGAUGAAUGACGCCACAUCUAGCGGACAACGGAUCGUCAAGGAAGGAUGGCUACAGAAACGAGGAGAGCACAUAAAAAACUGGAGAUCACGAUAUUUUGUAUUACGAGAUGACGGAACAUUAGUUGGUUUUAAAACAAAACCAGACCAUUUGAUGGCAGCUGCAGCAGCGCCAUUGAAUAAUUUUACUGUACGAGGAUGUCAAAUUAUGGCUGUUGACAGACCUAAGCCUUACACAUUUGUUAUAAGGGGUUUACAAUGGACAACAGUCAUUGAAAGGACGUUUCAUGUUGAAACAGAAAAAGACAGAGAAGACUGGGUUAAUGCUAUAAAAUAUGUAGCAGAUAAACUUGCAAAUGAAGGGCCUGCACAAUCAGGUCAACCUCCAUUGCAACAAUCUUCUUCUUCUGAAGAUGUUGAUAUGGAAUCAACAGAAGGAGGAAGAUCUGACUCAAUGAAUUCUUUAGGGUUAGUACCUAAUGAUGGUAGUAUUGAUGAACUUUCAGCAAAGUUCAGUGUUCAAGGAACAUCAAAUAGCAAAGGUUCUGGCAAAAAGAAAGUUACUUUAGAAAACUUUGAGUUUUUAAAAGUUUUGGGUAAAGGCACAUUUGGUAAAGUUAUCCUAUGCAGAGAAAAGGCGACAGGUCAUUUGUAUGCUAUUAAAAUUUUAAGAAAAGAGGUAAUUAUUAGAAAAGACGAAGUAGCGCACACAUUGACAGAAAACAGAGUUUUAAGAACUACAAGUCAUCCAUUUUUAAUAUCAUUAAAAUAUAGUUUCCAAACUGCCGAUAGACUUUGUUUUGUGAUGGAGUACGUCAACGGUGGCGAGCUAUUCUUUCAUUUGAGUCGGUCGCGUAUUUUCACAGAGGACCGAACUAGAUUUUACGGUGCCGAAAUCAUUUCAGCACUUAGUUACUUGCAUUCCCAAGGAAUCAUUUAUCGAGAUUUGAAACUUGAAAAUCUCUUACUUGAUAAAGAUGGUCACAUAAAGAUUGCAGAUUUUGGACUAUGCAAAGAAGAUAUAACGUAUGGAAGAACAACGAAAACAUUUUGCGGAACUCCUGAAUACUUGGCACCGGAAGUAUUGGAAGAUAUUGACUACGGCAGAGCCGUAGAUUGGUGGGGUGUAGGAGUAGUCAUGUAUGAAAUGAUGUGCGGAAGACUUCCAUUUUAUAACAAAGAUCACGAAAAACUUUUCACCCUUAUCCUUGUAGAAGCUGUAAGAUUUCCUAAAACUUUAAGUCCUGAAGCUAAAGAUAUGUUGGGAGGUUUACUAAUAAAGGACCCAAAUAGAAGACUAGGCGGAGGGCCAAACGACGCAAAGGAGAUAAUGGAGCACGCGUUUUUCUCAUCGAUAGACUGGAAUGACUUGGUACAAAAGAAGAUCCCACCGCCAUUCAAACCGCAAGUAACCUCGGACACGGACACGCGUUACUUCGACAGCGAGUUCACGGGUGAAAGCGUGGAAUUAACACCACCGGAUCAGGGAUGCCUCGGUAGCGGCCUCAACUCAAUCGCCGAGGAACAAGAACAUUUCCCGCAAUUCUCAUACCAGGAUGGCUCGGGUGCCAACUCGUCAGUAUCAAUGUCUCACAAUCCGUGACAGCCCCGGACUCUCGUUAUCUUUUUUGUACAUUUUGACGAUUCCUGAUUAUUGGACACUGCCCGUCUCCAAUUCCUUUUCGUUGUUUUUUUUUGUAAUUUAUUACUAGACCGUGGAAGUAUUAACGUCACUGCUUUUUUUGGAAAAAAAUUUCGUAGGUUUUUUGUAGGGAAAACUAACGUAUUUUUAUCAAAAUUUUCGAAGACGGGUAGGAAUCUUUUUAAUCGGGUGCACGACAAUGAUCAAUCAAUCAAUCAAUGGUGUCGCCUUUUACAUGUCUGUGAUGCUCGAACAGCUCAUGAUAAUUUUUUUAACGAAUAUAAAACGAUGUUAACAUAUCUCAUACAAUAACCUGGCAGGCUCAAUUAUAUUAUUAACUUCUCUUGACGCGCGAAAAAGAGUUGUCUUAAAAUCUUUUCUUUCAAUCGAUACUGACUCCGUUAGUAGUCUGUACAAUGCAUAAUUUAUUGCGCGUCAUUUUCGUUGAUUAUAUAGAUUUUAGAUAAUACGUUAUCAAUUGAUGCUGAUCAAUUUUCAUUUUUUCUCAUUAGUGAGUAUGAUUUGUAAUGCUGUUAUAAAGUAAAUUCUUUUCGAAUUUGUACCUACUAUGUACACUUACACACAGUUGAUUGAAAUCGAUUCUGCCACAAAUUUUUAGUUAUAAUACUUAUAUACAUAUACAUAUACAUAUAUAUAUAUAAAUUAUAUAAAUUUGUAUAAAUUAUAUAUAUUUAUAUAUAAUUGUAUGUAUAUGCACACGUUUUAUUGUUUAUCUUAUUUUCUUCUUUCAAAGCGAUUUAUUUGUCAAAGUUUUAAGACUACUCUAAUUUCUUGAUAAUAAAUUAAUGAACUGUUUUAAUGAUAAUUUUUGUCUGAUGAAUGAUGACGUUGUUUUGCGUUUUACUGGGAAAGCGAAAAAAUACUGCUUACGUGAUAAAGGUCAUGGCUGCAAUCGAGUUAUUUGUACAUUAAGAAAGUUUUACGCGAAAAAGCCUUUUACAAAUAAAAUUUAUAAGUAAAUAUGCUCAUAAGUAUCAGAACUGAAUGCUGGUUUCUUUAAUUUCUUUUACCAUCCUUAUCCUCUAUAGUUCCUCUCUUAUUAUUAUCAGUUUGGUUUUAGUAUUUUCCAGCAAACGUUAUUUUUGCAUGGUUUGUAGACUUAAUAAAACUCUUGUAAUUUGUUUUGCAAGUUCAAUAGUGUAUCAAAACGUAGAGUGACAAUAGUAGCUAGUUGAAACAGAAAAAUUAAAAAGAAUACGUUGAUUUUUUGCUUCUAGAAAGUCGUAGCACCAGAACAUAACAGCGUUGGCGAAGCUGCCGUUUAUUGUGGUGGCGCAUAUCAAAGGCGGUGGUGGUGAAUUCUAAUGUAAAAAAUCGUUUUCCACUCGAGACUUGUUUACGUUUUACGCUCGAGUGAGAGAAAAAUCCUUCGUGUUAGGGCUGAAAGGCUCUAGACACACUGUAUAAAAGAUUUUUUUGUAUUCUAAAAUUGUGUACUGAUAAUAAAAUUAAAAAACUUUUUUUAUUGUACCUGUAAAGUUCAUUUUAGUCAAAGAUUAUUUUAUUGAAAGUUUUAUUGAAACAAAGAAAAAUUUAAUAUAAUUUUCUUUUUAUUUUUAAUCUCGCAUCUAUUUAGAUUUAUUCCGAUAUUUAAGAUAUGAUUUAUUAUAAAGUAACUAAUAUGACCAUUCGUUGCAAAACAUCUUUUAAGUUAUAAACAAACUAAUUUAUUUGAGCAGAUAUGACAAUUUACAUUUUCAAACUCUGUCAAUGAUCUUGCUCUCUUUGUCACGCUUGCUUCAAAUCCAAGUGAAUUUUAUUGUAAACUAUCAUUUUCUUCAAUCCAUAGCCCAGUCUAUGAAAAUCUGAUCUUUCUGAUUGUAUUGGAAUGAAUUUUUCUCUUCCAUUACACCUGGUUGAGUCACUUAUAAUCUGGAUU